GACAUCUCACAGUUCCAAACACACAAAAACACAGGGUCUAAAAAAAGCUUUGAUCAUUAAGAAAACUUCGGUUUCGAAUUUUCGAGUUUUUUCGAAGAGAGAAAAUGGCGUCUCACCAAGAACCGAGUUACAAAGCUGGUGAAACUAGAGGCAAGGCUCAGGAGAAAACAGGGGAAGCUAUGGGAACGAUGGGGGAGAAAACACAAGCAGCUAAGGACAAAACUCAAGAGACAGCCCAAACAGCCCAACAAAAGGCUCAUGAAACAGCUCAGUCAGCUAAAGACAAGACAUCUCAAGCUGCACAGACAACUCAACAGAGAGCUCAAGAGUCCAAAGACAUGACAGGAAGCUACAUGUCGGAAACUGGAGAAGCAGUCAAGAACAAGGCACACGAUGCAGCUGAAUAUACUAAAGAGACUGCAGAAGCAGGUAAGGAGAAGACUAGUGGGAUCUUGGGCCAGACCGGUGAGCAUGUGAAACAGAUGGCUAUGGGAGCUACUGAUGCAGUGAAGCACACUUUAGGGCUUGGCACUGAUGAAGGAAAUAAAGAACAUGUUUCUUCAGCUCCAAGUACUACUACGACCACUACUCAUGAGACACAGAGGAAGUGAAGAAGAGGAUAAAUAUUUGUUUUGUGUUCUUGGUUUUCAUGUUUGUUUGCUUUGAUUAGUGUUUGUUGUGUUCGUGAGAUUAUGUUUAUCCUUGUUGUUGUUUAUUGGGUUUGAAUGUACUUUUACGUAUUAUUAUGUGAUGGUUUUCUUCUGUUACGUUAUUUCGGGUUGUGAUUUUUGAAUUUGAUUAGUACGGAAAUAAACAAGUUAUAAUUAG